GUUCCUCAUUUUAAUAGUGCUUUCCCAGCUUCCAGAAGGUUCCUUUCACUGCUAUAAAGCCAACCAGACGGAUUUGACUCUGUGAAGGCCGACACGUCAGAGACACAGGGGAAAGCUGAAAGACUUCUGCAAGGAAGAAUCUCUGAAAUCAUCGCUAAAACCAUGUGGGUCAAAAGUCUGGUGGCGCUGUGCCUACUAGCCAGCGUUAGAGCAGAUAAAACCCUCAGCAGCCAUGCCAACAUCUUGGUGGACAGCAGCACCAACCUGGCCUUUGAUCUGUACCACAAUAUGGCCAAAGAAAAGAAUAUGGAAAACAUCUUGAUCUCCCCAGUGGUGGUGGCCUCCUCCUUGGGCCUGGUAGCUCUUGGAGGAAAGUCCAACACCGCCUCCCAGGUGAAAACAGUGCUUGGUGGCAAUAAAGUGAAGGAUGAACACCUCCACUCCAGCCUGGCUGAGAUCCUGACCGAGGUCAGCAACUCCACGGCCCGCAACGUUACCUGGAAGAUCAGCAACCGCCUGUAUGGACCCAGCUCUGUCAACUUUGCUGAUGACUUUGUGAAGAACAGCAAGAAGCACUACAAAUACGAGCACUCCAAGAUCAACUUCAGGGACAAGCGAAGUGCAGUCAAGGCCAUCAAUGAGUGGGCAUCCAAGUCCACCGAUGGCAAGUUGCCAGAGAUUACCAAAGAUGUGGAGAAGACUGAUGGAGCCAUGAUCAUCAAUGCUAUGUUCUACAAACCCCACUGGGAUGAGCAGUUUCAUCAUAAGAUGGUUGACAACCGUGGCUUCCUUGUGCAUCGCUCAUACACAGUGUCAGUACCCAUGAUGCAUCGCACAGGUGUUUAUGGUUUUUAUGAGGACACUGCCAACAACCUCUUCGUGCUGGAGAUGCCUUUGGCACAUAAGAUGUCGUCUGUGGUGUUCAUCAUGACCUACCAUGUCGAGCCUUUGGAGAGAGUGGAGAAACUACUGACUCGCAAGCAGGUAGAAACCUGGCUGAGCAAGCUGGAGCAAAAGGCCGUUGCAGUGUCUUUACCGAAGGUCAGCAUGGAGGUCAGCCACAACCUCCAGAAACAUCUUGGCCAGAUUGGCCUGACUGAGGCUGUGGACAAGGCCAAGGCUGACCUGUCCAACAUCUCAGGAAAGAAGGACCUCUACCUGUCCAACCUGUUCCAUGCCUCUGCUCUCGAGUGGGACACAGAAGGCAACCCUCCGGACACCAGCAUCUUCGGCACUGACAAGUUGAAGAACCCUAAACUCUUUUACGCUGACCAUCCAUUCAUCUUCCUGGUGAAAGACAAGAAGACCAACUCCAUCCUCUACAUUGGCAGGCUGGUCCGGCCAAAGGGAGACAAGAUGAGAGAUGAAUUAUAAAACAUGCGCUAACUUAAACAUGUGUUUGAAUCUGAUAGCUAGCCUGUGUGUGUCUGGUGUCUCUGCAUGAGCGUGGGUGAGUGAGAGAAUUUUGUUAAUUUUUGACUGAAUUAAAGGAAUAGCUCAAUCAAACACGA